AAUUUAGGUUUUUAAAUUACCACUAAUUACAAGGCAGUAAGAUGGGAUGUGUCAGUCCUUACGCGUCUUUCUUCUGUGCGAUAAUUAAACAAUGGCCGAAGGUAUUAGCGAUAAAAAGCCAAAGCGUACCGUGCAGUGCAACUGGGGCGAAAAAUCGAAAUUGGAACGUAAUCUUAUAAUAACUCUAAUCGUGAUUAUUUUGCUUUUUAUCGGUAUUUUGCUAUACGUCGUAAUAAGGCCGGCAGUUAUGAGAAGAACAUGUAUGUCGAAGGACUGUUUAAUCUCCGCUUCCGAAAUUAUAAGUCGCAUCAGACCAGAAAUAGAUCCUUGCGACGACGUGGUGAAGUUUGCCUGUGCCAAUUCAAAAGGACGUUCCGACUCCAGCGUUAAAGAUGGUAUCGAACGAGAUUUGCUUGAAAUUCUUCAAUCGGAGGUUGGAGAUAAUGAUCACAUUUUGCUCAAAGUCGAAAAGCUGCUCUUCCAAGCUUGUCUCAAAGACGGCGAUAAUAAUCUAACCCUGAUCGAUAAUGGCAUUUCAGAUUUAGGUUGGCCUGUUCUCAUCGGUUAUCAAUGGCGGGAUCAAAAUUUUGAUUGGCAACAACUAAUUUUCAAAUUACGAAAGAAUGGGUAUCCAUUUGAGAUGAUGCUUCAGGUUCAAGUCGUCAAGGAAGGGCCAAUGUACACUGUUAAGGUUUCACCUCCGAGCGUCACAAGCGUCACCGCAGGCGUUGAGUUAUACAAGAAGUAUAUGGCCGAUGUUGCCGUAUUUUUUGGAGCGGAAGCUAAACGGGCGGAAAAUGAAAUGGAGAAGGUUUUCUAUUUUGCGCAACACUUAAAAAAGAUCAGUGACUCUCAUUCGGGUAGCGUUAGCACAACUAUACGUAACUAUUUAGAAGAUAACGCUGAUAUAGACUGGCUGAACUACAUUAAUAACAUUUUGUAUCCUGUAAAUCAGCUAUCUCUGGAUGAUUACGCUCAAUUUCCUACGAAAGAGUUUAUAGAUGAACUGCACAACUUGAUUUAUCGAACACCAAAACGAACCCUUGCAAAUUACAUCAUUUGGAGUGCUUUGGAAAUUUCGAUGCCGUUCAUGCCACAACGAUUAAGAGAAUUGCGUCUCCCUUAUGAAUGCCACACUAAGUCAGAUCCCAUACCACGCGAGUUAUUAUGCAGACAAGUCUUGCGAAGUUUUGUACCAGAUCCCGCCCACAUUGAAUAUGCUCGAAUGCAUCUCUCCAAAGUGUGUCGUACGAAAGUCACGAAGCUCUACCAUAGUGUUCAAGAUGAAUUAAUCAAAGCGAUAAACGAAACUUGCUGGUUGGAUGGGGCGUCACGCAAUCACUCAAUCAAUAUCUUAAGUGGUUUAAACCCAAUAAUCGGAAUUGUGAGUGAUUACUUCAGUGAUUCCAUAUUUGGUAAGGAUUCCUGGCCCGGAUACCAUGGUAACGUUCCACAAAACGCCACUUUCUUCCAAAUGGUUUUAGCGGAAAGCUACCGGUAUCAGAAUAAUCAAUUCCAUAAAGUAAGAAAAGGUGGAACUCAAGAUGCACAUGCGCCAGUAACUUCAACAUUGCUCAAUGUAGAUCUCGAAAGUAACACAAUAACUCUUCCAAUUGGAAUUCUACGUAAGGAAAUGUUCAGUGAGGAUCGACCCAUGUAUUUAAAUUAUGGUUUGCUAGGGAGAGUUAUUGCUGUUCAAUUGAGCAAAGUAAUGAUUGAAAUGGGCGUUGACAUUGAUGAAAACUACGUUUGGACUGCAACGGCCAGAGACCAAUUCUUUGAGAAAGCCAAAUGUUUAGUUGAUGCCCCAGGGGAGACUUUGAAUAACACGCUGGCGAAUUUAUCGGCCGAGUACUUUGGGACGCAAGUAGCAUACUCCGCGUACAAGAAGUGGUCGAAGCAAAACACCAGAGAAACUCUACUUCCCGGACUAAGCUACGACCCACACCAAGUUUUUUGGAUAUCUUCAAUUCACUGCUCCACGCCCACGCUUUUACAAAGUAACAACGACUUCACAAAAGACUUUAAUUGCCCGACGAAUCCCUCUUCGAAAAAAUGUAAAAUAUUUUAAUUGUACACAUAGUUACAUAAGUUAAUUAAAGCUAUCCCACGCUUAA